GAGUAAUCGGUGACGAUGAUGGACACUCUGGAGGACACCUUUAGGACUCUCUCCAUCACCAGGAGGCUGCAGCCCAGUGAGGCCACGUACAUUUUGGAGCUCUCCUGUGCCAGCAGUGGGUCAGAUGUGCUGGCUGUGUGCUGCUCCAAUCACUCUGUGCACCUGCACAGCAGAGAGACGCUCCGCCUGGUGGGUGACUUCCAUGGUCACACGGCUCCUGUGUGUGGGGUGUGUUUCUCUCAUCUCUCCCCUCACCUGCUGUUCAGUGGCUCCGCUGAUGGGACACUGCGGUGCUGGGACGUCCGGCGGCCUGGUUCUGAUGCCACCCAGGUGUUCUGCAGCGAUUUGACACAUCCGUACCUCUCGUUUGAUGUGAGCUGUAGUGAUCGUGUGCUGUGCGCAGGCACGGAGCAGGUGGGGGAGGACAGUUUUUUAGUAUUCUGGGAUGCCCGUAUGGUUCGGGAUGGAGGUGAGAUGGGCGGUCUGCUGGGCGUUUACUCAGAGUCACACAGUGAUGACAUCACUACGGUGAAGUUCCACCCACGGCAGGCAGACCGCUUGGCUUCUGGAGCCACAGAUGGGCUUGUGAACGUGUUCGAUCUGAGUCUGGGUGGAGAGGAUGAUGCUCUUGUCACCACCUGUAACUGCAAUUCCUCUGCAAGCUCCCUCUGCUGGACAGGCAAAGAUCUUGACCAGCUGCUUUGUCUGACCCAUGAUGAAGGGCUCCACCUGUGGGACGUGGCUCGCCCAGACAGCGAUGACACUCUGACCCUUCUGAGUUCGGCUGAUGCUCGAGCACUUGUCCAGCUCCCUGAUGGAGCCUCGCUUGAGUACUUUGUGGGCGGUACAUGGCUGUCAGAUGAGGAGCGUAUUCUGUUAGUGGGAGGGAGUAAUCAUGGAGAGCUCCACCUCCUGGACUGCAGUGGGCGUGGUCUGAGGUUCAUUAAAUCCCUCAAAGGGGGUCAUUCAGCUACAGUGAGGUGCUUCCAGUGGGAUGCGAUCAGUCAAUCUCUGUUGACGGGUGGGGAGGAUGGCCAGUUGUUGCAGUGGAAAGCAGGAGCAGAGGAAAUCAGUGUGGGGAAGAAAGAUUCUCUGAAAAGCAUCUCCUCCAUGCAGCUCAAAACUAAAGCUCACAGAAAACAAGCUAUACAGAAAGACCGCUCAAAACUAGCAUGAUUACAUGCACAGGACAAACUCAGAUUUCACUAAGAGACAGUUGACACUGAAACAAAUCGGUUAUUUGACAGAAAUCUCAGAGAAAUUGCAAAGAGCACUAAGCUACUUUGCUCUGAUGCCUUUGUUUUCACAAAUGUAGAGAUAAUAGAUAAAGAUACGCUUUAUGGAGACUAAAUUAGAAUCUUCUGCCUUAUAAAACGUAUAGCUUAUUAUAGACAUUGGCAGAAUUUAAACAGUUUUGUGGUUUUAAAAUGUAAGAUGUGAACAAAUUGCUACAUAAGAAUUACAACUGUUGUUUGAGUUGUCCAGCAGAUAAACUCUCAUCUAUGUGGUAGUUGUCCCUAUGUAAAACAUUACAUUUCUUGUGUUUUGUUUGCAACGUGUUUCAUAAGAUCACUUUUGAGGUUAAACACAUGACUUGAAAAUGAUCAAAUUGUCUUCUGGGUUUCAGGACUACAAACUGAAGCUGUAUUGUAUUAAAGGAAUAGUUAACCCAAAAAUGAAAAUUAUCUUAAAUUGUACUCACCCUC